CUCAAAGUAGGUACGACAGCAAGCAAAUCUCAAACGAAUAGUUUUUUAUUAUAAAAUCUGUGUUAAGUUCCAUUUCAAUUAUCAAUUAGUAUCAAAAUGUCAACGCAAGCAGUCGAUAAGAACAAACAAUGGCGAAUGGAGUCGCUGAUGGAAAGUUUGAGGGCAAAACAAUCACAAAAGUCAUUUUUGGAUCUUGCAAAAGCAACCAGGAUGAGUUUACUUGAGAAAAAAUACAACAUCGACGCCAUUGAAAAACAGACACUGCAAACAGCUUUGGAUAAUUUACAAAAUAAUAUCACAAUUAAAAAUCGAACACAGCUUGUCGAGAGACUUGAAAUGAUCACAAGACGACAAUUAAGUCUGAAAUUUACAGAAAAUAGUAACACAAGUAGCUUAUUCAUCUCGUCAGACAUGUUUUAUUUGGAGAUUCUGCUGGAUCCUCAAAGUGGAAUUGUUAAUGAUGUUAAGGUCCAUCACGAAUGCCUCAACGAAUCUGAAUCCGAACCACAUCUCGUCGAAGUCCUCCGUAAAGGAGACUUCAUCGACUUUACACAGCAACUUGAAGGCUUCCAAUCCAUUUAUCAACUUAACUGUGAAUCUAAAAUUAAAUCAAAAGCACUGAUUGCACUUCAGGCACUCGAAAAUGAUCUCAUGAAUAUUUAUGGCAUGGAAAGUAUGCAAAAUAUUCCACCAGAACUGAUAAUUUUGAGCUCAUCGGUUGGAUUGUUGACGAAGCGACGUGGAGGACAUCCAAUGAAAUUGACAUUUUUCGUGCGUGCUAGUGAGUUGCUGAAUUUAGAGCAGAAAAAGAUGGAUACAGUGCUUGAUGCUUUACAGAAUGCAGCGGCAACGAAGAAAAAUAUUGGAAAUUCAGUGACGAUAAAUUUGGAAGCUGCAGCACCAUCGAAUAAGCUUCAAAUCAUGCCAUUAUUGUUGAAAAAUGGAAAGCUCGAUGGAAAUUACAACUUUCAGCAAAUCACAAACACAAAUUCGACGAUGCUGCCAGCAACGUUUGUCCUUAAACUCAACAAAUCCUUUCCAAUCUCAUCAAAAAUCGUCGAAGACAUCAAAAGAAUCACAAAUUUGAAUGUUUUCGAGGAAGUUGGAAGUAAAAAUGCAGUAAAAGUUGAGAAUCAAAUGCAUUUUGAUAUCCAAAAGGAGUCAAAUUCGUUGCUGAAUCAAAUCAUUAAUUUAGAGUCUGAAGGUUCCUAUCAAAAUUCACAGAAGGGAUUGUUUAUAUCCUUAACGGACCAAUCACACUGCUACUUCAUCUCAGACAAUCCAGACUUAACUGGUUUCAAUUUAAAAUCAAUUCAAUUCACUGAACCAUCACAUGUGACGAGGAUCAUUAAGCUAUUGAGAGAACAAGCAUUAUUCAAUGCCUUAAUAGCUAGUUGUGUCAGAAGUAACAGCCGACAGGACCUCGAGUCAUGCUACAUGUUUGAAGUCAACAUCGUGUCACUUCAUUUCAUUCAAAUCUUCAUCGAACAUCCAACAAAAGAGACGAUGAUAACAGUGGAACUAGAUUUAACGAAUGUUAAGCAGGUGUGCUGUAAAAUUAAUGGAAGUGACUUCCAGUAUGAUGCUAAAUUAGAGAACUACAUUAAUCGUGUGCUGCAAAAGACAAACUCAAUUCCAAUGGUGACCAGAUCACUGCUUAAAUAUUGGGACAAUGAAGCGAAUGAGGCAAGGAUGCAAAAGAGAAUUUUCAAUAACGGAAUUUAUGGACUAGCUGAUCCAAAAAGUAAUGGAACUAGCAACACAGACAAGAAGGAUGAAAUGGAGAAAGACGACGGAUCAAAUGACAAUGAUGACUCGUUCAGUGGAAAUGGACAGGAUUCAAAUGCAUUUGACAUUUGCGGAAUCAACAAGAAUGAAAUAUUCUUCAAGACCAACGACAGUAAAGGUGAGAAAAGAAUGCGAACGGAAGAGAAUGACGUGGAUAUAUUCGACAGAAAAGUCAGUAGAAUCAUGGGAUAUGAUUUGGAUGAUGAAAAUGAGGAAAUGAUGAUUCCAGAAAGGAAUCUCCUUAGUGACGAACUCAUGCAUAAUGAAAAUUCUUCAAUAUCCCCAUGUUCAUCCCGAAGUUCCGAAAGUUCAGCACCAAAUAAAAAAAAUAUGAUAAUGCAUCAAAAGUCUAGCUCAACACCAACCCCAAAAUCUAUGAUUGAUGUGUUUGAGUUUAAUGACCCCUCCCCACCCCACCAACUACCCAUUCAAUCACCAAAACGUAUCCCAACCCCUAAACAGUCGCCAUCUGGCACUGCUUUUAAUCCUGAAAAGAGAAUUCAUGACAUUGAGAUAAUUCCACUAAAGAAUCAAAGGAAUGUUCCAUCACCAAGUCUUGAUGCACCCAUACCAUCACCGUCGAUGCUCGGUCAAACAUCAAUCACAAUAACUCCAAUUAAUAAUUCAAAUUUUUUCUACAAAGGCAGUGAGAAGAAGUCAUCGACGGAUGACAAGUCCAAGUCGGAGAAGAAAAAGAAGCGGAAACGUGAAGAAGGCGAAAUGGGAAGUCCAGCAAUGGUCAAGAAGAAGUCAAGUGACUCAUUAAGCUCAUCACCACCGAAAAAGUCACCAAGUCAAAUGAUGGGAAAGCCACAGGCAAGUUUUAAGCCUUUAAAGUCACCACUUUCGGAAUCAAUGAUCGAUCCGAGUUCUAGUCCAAAAGUUAAGCAUACAAUGAGCAAGAAAAUUGAAGACUUUCCCGAUGCAAUCGAUGAAUUGGCGUUCUUAACUAAUUUUGAUCAGGCACAGCAGACAAUGUCACCGCAGGCUGGGCUGAAGCAUGCACUAUUGCAGUCACAGGCUCAGGCGAAUCGUAAAAGUUCAUUAAAUGCAGUCAUUGAUAAGCUCAAGUCGGAGAUUGCUGAUACAAUUAUGACACCACCUAGUGAAAAGAAGGGGGAGUAUCAGAUUAAGUCAAGUGGAACUAGCAGUGAUGGAAUUAAGAUUACAUUUAAUAAGACGAAGAAGAGUUCAGAGUCCAAGUCACCAAAGCAUACUGGACUCAAGCCAGGCGUUCAAUCCGGUCCAGCAUCUAAAAAAUCUAGCAAAAAUUCAUCACAAAAGCUUCUUUAUCAAAAAUCAAGCUCUUCAUCAUCGCUUCCAUCAACAAACUCAUCACAUCCAUCACCAAAAUCAACAUCGCAGCCCAGCAAAGCAUCCAAAAAGGAAUCAUCAAUGAGUCCAUUUUACAGUAGUGGCAACAGCUCGUCAUCGAAUGAUAUGCUGAAAAAUAUGCUAAACCUUCCGUCACCGACACCUCGAGUUGAUUUAAUGAAAUCCUUCCAAAUUCCAAAGCUUUCAGCUCGUGCAAAGUCUGACGAUAAACCAUUGACUGAUGAUCAGAUCCAUCCAAGAUCAGCACCAACAACACCAAGUCAUCCAAUGGCUCCAUCACCGACAAUGGAUAUGGGACAGUUUGGACAGCUUGGACAACAUCAACAUAAAUUUUACACAAGCAUUCAGCAACAGCAACAACAUAAAUUUAUGGAGCAACAAAGACAAAAGAAACUCUUUAAAAGUGCUAGUUCCGAAUAUCUUUACGAUAAUCAAACGGGGCAUUCAGAUGGACUUGCAGGAAUGCGUGGUGAUGCUGAAUUUCAAGCAUUUUUGAGAGCACAAAGUGGCAAUGACAUGAACAUGGGAAUGAAUAUGGAUACGGGAAAUGGAGGGCAGCAAUUGAAUUCUAAUUUAUUUAAUGAUGGCGAUGAUGGACUGAAUUUAGAUUUUAUAGGAAGUGACAUUUGACGGAUUGAGGGAGUUGGGUGUUGAGAUGGAUAAGGGGGAAGGGAGUAGUUAAGUAGGAUAGGAACUGGACAGCCUGGUGAUACUUUUGAAUAGAAGACAUUUACACUUAAAUAAUUAUUGAAAAAAACUAAGAAAUUUUGACUUAUUUUGGGGAGGUUUGAUCAGUUUUGACGUUGGAGUUAAGAUGGUGC